AGUUGCGAGCCAGAACGCCCUUUUACAACCAGUGUAUAUGUGACCAACGUUAUAGUAUGAAGGAGAUUAUCGUUUUCUGUGCUCUGUUGUUGGUCAGCACGACAGUCGAUACUUUUCGCUUUGAACCGCGUCACCUCAAACCAGGUUUUGAAUAUCUUUUACCAGCGCCAUUUGCACUUGGUGAUGCCAUCAAAGAAAAGUAUCAUGGGGACUAUACUAAUGAAAAGAGCGGUAAUAACGUAGUUCGAAGUGGAACUUAUUACACCCUCCUUCCAGACGGCCGCAAACAAGUCGUGAACUACAAAGUGGAAGACAAUGGAUACAUGGCCGACGUUAGGUACCAAUCACUGGCAGAGAAAAAUAGUUCCCAUUAGGCCGUUCAUUAAUAAUUCUACUGCGGAGCACGCGACAAAAUGGGUUUAUUGGAAAUAACGAAUGAAAUUAAAAAAGUUGAACAUUCCGAAGCUCCGUGACUGUAAAGUCUCUGUAUGUUAUGUUAGUACAAUGGAUAUAGAUACAUUAACGAACGAAUUUAACAGAAUAUUUAUGUUCUGUUUGAAAAGGUGUAUCUAGCAUACCCUGGGUAAAUGUAUGUCAACUGUGCUCUACUAUUUGUGUAGCGCAUUGGUAAUUGUUCGAAAAAAAUGUAUAGCUUCAUUA